AAUUUUUUUUUUUUUUCCUUUUGUUGGUGGAUCCAACUCCCACUCUACGGGCCGCCGCGAAACGCCGCCAUCGUUGGCAAUGAGAUAUCUUCGGUUUCUCAAAAUUCGUCCAAAUCCAAAUUAUUUUCUUGCUUCCCCUUUUUCUCCCAGAUUCUCUGGAUAUCCAAAAAGCUUAGUUAUUUUUUAAUCCCAUUUUUUUAAAAAUAAAAUUUUUAAGCUUUUCUGCAUUUCUCUCGCUUUAUAAGUCGGUUCUUGUUGCACCUCCGGCAUCCCUGUUCCUCCCCAUCUCUUCUCCUCCUCCUCCAAAUUUCAAUGCCCAGAUUCUUUUUUUGGCGGUAAUUUCAAUACCCAGAUUAAAAAUCGUUUCUUUUGAGUAGGGUUUUCUUUUUUCCCAACUUUUCUUUAUUUAAUUUGGGAGCCAUCAUUAUUGCUUUUUAGGACUGUUUCUGAUUCCUUUUAGCUUCUUAGCGGUAGAAUUCAUCUGGGGUUUUGCAUCGCCGGUGGAAUGUGAAGACCGUUAUGUUAAAGAAGCAGAAGAGUCAAAUUUGUUUUUACCUAAACAGAGCUUUGAUGGCUUACUUAACCCGUUAUGAUCAUCCAUUUAUCAAGCAAUUCCAUGCUUUGCCACAGUCGCAGUCUACAGCCGCCUGCCACCCUCGUUCCCAAUUUCUCGGCUUAAUUAAUUGUGCCGAUAAUUGCAAUAGCGGUCUUAAGUGUAACAGAGUUUCUGGUUUAACGUUAACUCUGAAGGGUUGUUUUGAUGAUUCCCGCAGUUCAUGUGAACGGAGACCUCGAGUAUUUGUUCCGCAAUCGGCGCGUAAUUUGGAGGUUAUUAGCCUUGGUGAGGCGGCGAAGGAUACUAAACUAGAGAAGGAUCCUACACUAUCUGCUAAUGGACGGGGCACAUGCGGAAGAGGAAGUCCUCUUGGAUUCCUCGACCGUUCAGACAAAAUAGCGGUUGCUGUUGAUGUCGACGAAGUUCUGGGGAACUUUUUGUCUGCCUUGAACAGAUUUAUUGCAGAUCGUUAUUCAUUAAACCACUCUGUCUCAGAGUACUACGUCUAUGAAUUCUUCAAGAUAUGGAAUUGCUCUCGUAAUGAAGCUGAUAUUCGUGUCCAUGAGUUCUUUAAGACACCAUAUUUCAAGAAAGGAAUCCAACCUAUCCCAGGUGCUCGGGAGGCACUUCUUAAUUUAUCGAGAUUUUGUAACCUAUCAGUCGUAACGUCUCGUCAGAAUGUAAUCAAGGAUCAUACAAUUGCGUGGAUAGAGAAGCAUUACCCACGACUGUUCCAGGAGAUUCACUUUGGGAACCAUUUUGCCCUAGAUGGCCGGUCCAGACCAAAGUCAGAAAUAUGCAGGUAGGCCAAUGAACUCCUUGCCACUACAUAGAAUAAUGGCAAGAAAAAAUAUUGCCUUUGUUCAUCCAUGAAACCCCUGACUUUGUUGCCUUUCCAACUUUAAAAUUGAUAGUACUUUGGCGUUCCUUCUUUUUAUCUUAAUAGUGUAACACACCUGCCUUUUUGAUUUGUGAGCAUUGCCUUGGAAAUGAGCCCAACUGAUUAACUUAUGAAGUUCACUCCAUACGUGUUUUGCUUUAUGCCUUGUUUUUGGCAGAUCAUUAGGAGCAAAGGUUUUAAUUGAUGAUAAUCCACGAUAUGCCAUUGAGUGUGCUGAAGUUGGAAUUAGGGUUCUGCUUUUUGAUUAUCAGAACUCAUAUCCAUGGUCCAAGAUGGAGACAAUCAAUCAACAUCCCCUGGUGACUAAAGUUUGUAAUUGGGAUGAAGUGCAGCAGCAUAUAGUUUCUUGGAUCAUCUCAUAGUUGCUCGAUCCUGUAACGUGCAAUGAAUAUAGACCACCACUUCAUCAGUAUGCUAUAACAGAUUAUUUUACGCCUAGAACAUUUGAAAGUGAUGAAAAGGUAAGCUUAGUUGUAAUGGUGGUUUCUGGUGACGAGCAAUAGAGAGACUGCCAGACCAGCCAAGCUUGGUCCUGUUAGAGAAUUACUAGAAGCAUUGUUAGGAUCACUAUAUUUCAUUUCUUUAAGAAAUUUUCCUCUUUGAGCAAAACAAUGGCUUUACGUUGCCGAAUGCGAUG